AUGGACGGGGUUUCUAAGCAGCUGCCGGGGGGCAGGCAGCUCUUUGCCGACGCGAGCCUGACCUUCAUGAGGGGCGCCAAGAUCGGCGUGCUCGGCGUGAACGGCAGCGGGAAGAGCACCGUGCUCAAGAUCAUCGCCGGAGAAGAUAAGGAGUUCGACGGCGACAUGUGGACGCGAGACGGCCUUCGUGUCAAGUACCUCCCCCAAGAACCCGACCUCGAUUCCUCCCUGAACGUCAUGGAGAACAUCCGACGCGGCAUCGCCGAGCAGGAGAAUAUGGUGGCAAGGUUCGAGGAGACCGGUAUUGCUAUGGGCGAUCCCGAUGCCGACCUAGACGCCUUGUUGGAGGAGCAAGCGGCGCUGCAGGCCAAGAUAGAGGAUGCCGACGCUUGGAACCUCCAGCACCGAGUGGACAUCGCGAUGAGAAAGCUGAGGGUGCCCCCCGGAGACUCCCCGGUGGACCAGCUGUCCGGGGGGGAGAAGAGGCGCGUGGCCCUCUGCAGGCUGCUGCUGGAGCAGCCGGACGUCAUCCUGCUGGACGAGCCGACCAACCACCUCGACGCCGAGUCGGUGCGAUGGCUGGAAGACUACCUGCGGGCGUUCAAGGGCACCGUGAUCAGCAUCACUCACGACAGGUACUUCUUGGACAACGUGGCCGGCUGGAUUCUCGAGGUGGACCGGGGCUCGCUGCUGCCGUUCAAGGGCAACUACUCGGCGUGGCUGGUGCAAAAGCAAAACCGCCUCGACAGGGAGCACUCCAAGCAGGCCCAAGUGGCGAAGCGGCUCGAGUCGGAACUGGAAUGGAUAAGGACAGGCAGGGCGAGCGUGAGCAAGGCGAGGGCCAACAAGUACGAGAAAGCCGUCGCCGAGCGCAAGGAGGGUGCCGCCAAGCUGCAGCAGUUGUCGGAGGGGAAGAUCGUGAUCCCGCCGGGACCGCGGUUGGGCCGCAGCGGGCUGACCGUGAAGGACCUUUCCAAGAAGUACGGGGACCGAACCCUAUUCAGCGGGGUCAACUUCACGGUCGAUCCAGGGUCCGUGGUUGGCGUGGUGGGACCGAACGGGUCGGGGAAGACGACGCUGUUCAACCUCAUCGCGGGGGUCGAAGAGGCCGACGGGGGCACCGUGGAGUGGGGACGGCUAGCAAAGGUGGGGUUGGUGAGCCAGGGGAGGUCGGGUCUGGACCCCGACAAGUCGGCGAUCGAAGAGAUUUCUGAGGGAGGGGACACCAUACAGAUCGGGGACAGACAAGUCAACGUCAGGGCGUACACGGCCGCGUUCAACCUUAGGGGCGCGUCGCAGGACAAGUUGGUGGGCACGAUGAGCGGGGGCGAGCGAAACAGGGUGCACCUUGCCAAGGUCCUCAAGCAGGGGCACAACGUCUUGCUACUGGAUGAGCCGACGAAUGAUCUCGACGUCGACACCCUCAGGAGCCUCGAGGAGGCCAUCAAUGGCUUCGCCGGCAGCGUGCUGAUCGUGUCACACGACCGGUGGUUUCUCGAUCGGGUCUGCUCGCACACGAUAGCGUUCGAGGACGGUGGGGGCGGGGGUGGCGGGGCCGUGAAGGGGGAGAGCAGGGUAGUGGUGUUUCAGGGGAAUCACGGCGAGUACUCGAAGCAGGCGGGUGGCCGGGGAGAUUGA